CGCUGCGCAGCGCUGGUGUCGCCUGUCCACGCCGCGGAGCUGUCCUCCCAUGUGAUGCAGGACCAUGCUGACACAGCCAGGCUGCAGGAGCAGCACGUGUGCUGGCCGCCCGACGCAGCCAGGCUGCAGGAGCAGUACGUGUGCAGGCUGCCCGACGCAGCCAGGCUGCACGCGGCGCAGACGCUGCGCGAGUGCGAGUCCCGGAGGAGCAACGACAUCCACAAGAUCCAGGAGUGGCUCAGGACCCAGCCCAAGCUGCACGCGCGCUCAGACGCCGGCAGCGUGCUGCGCUUCCUGCGAGGCUGCAAGUUCAACGAGGAGCGCACCAGGCACAAGCUGACCAACUUCUACGUCAUGAAGGCCAAAGUUCCCGAGUGGUUCAGCAGCAGGGACCCGCUGCUGCCGCCGCUGCAGGAGAUGCUGAACCUGGGGGUGUUCCUGCCGCUGCGGCGACACGGCGCGGACGGAGCGCUGACCAUCCUGAUCCGCACGGCGGUGCACAACCCGCAGACCCAGGCGCUCGACGGCGUCUUCAAGGUGGGCAACAUGGUGGUGGACGCGCUGCUGGAGGAGGACGAGCUGGUGUCCGUGUACGGCGUGGUGGCCGUGUGCGACCUGGCCGGGGUGUCCCUGGGCCACGCGCGCCAGCUCACCCCGAGCAUCAUCAAGAAGGCCGUGCACUCCUGGCAGAGUUGCUACCCCAUCCGGAUCAAGAGCAUGGUGUUCAUAAAUGCACCGUUCCACGUCGGCGUCAUUCUGAACAUCUUCAAGAGAUUCAUGACCGAGAAACUCCGGAAGAGGGUGCAGAUAUUCUACAAGGGCACGGAGUACCUGAAGGGCAUCCCCAGCCCCGACCUGCUGCCCCAGGAGUACGGCGGCGAGGCGGGGAAGCUGCAGGAUCUCAUCGACUACUGGAGGGAGCACAUGGUCGAGCUGCGCGACUGGCUGCUGGAGGAGGAGAAGUACAAGGCUGACGUCAGCUGAUGGACCCAGGCUCGCGAGCACCUCGAUCCCCUCCCGCUCCUCUCCCAAACCAACUACUUGCCAAAAGAUAUAUAUAUAUUUGUUUGACGUGACAGCUCCCGCGCCGAGGAAGCUGCGCCGUGCCGUUCAACAAGCCUGCCCGGGCACACACGGUGCGCCGAGCUACAGGAACAACCACGUGCACUGAGUGCUGUCUGUUUGCGAAAAGCAUUUUGGAAUUCGUCGAGGAAGGACAAGUGGUUUUGUCACGGUAUUUCGUUUUCAAACAGUGUUUUUACGAAAGCAACUAGGGCUAAAAAUAUUUACAAAGGCAUGAAACAUCCGGUGCAGAAUCUUUAAAUCACUCAAGGGACUCUCAUCACAUAAUUAUCAUCAUUUUCCCUCCAUAUAAUAAUGUUGUUGCCGCUCAAAUCUCGAAUUUUCCAGGGCCACUGAGAAAAAUUAAAGGCCUGGGGGCAAUUUUUUGAACCCCUUCCCCAUUACUUAACGUACAAUUAUUCAAACCCCAGAAUUAAAAAGAAAUAUAAAAA